AUGCGCCGCCUCAGCCGCCAGCCGCGGCACCUGCAAAAGGCAUCAGUGCGGGACCGAAGAAAGGGCCGCAGCUCUUUGGCCGCAACAGUGCUGGCGGUCACGGGCGCGUGGCUGCUCGUCGCGUGGUGGGCGCACGCGCGCCACGCGCCGCCCGCCGCCGCGCCCGCGCACCACGCGCCGCAGUUCAAGCAGAUGCACGACGCGAUGCGCGCCGCCGCCGCCGAGGUGCAGUUCGAGCCUCCUGAACCGCGGCCCGAGCGGCAAUCAAAAAGAACAGACCCCUACGGCAACGCCACGAAGGUGCUCGGCUUAGAAACGUGCGCCGCCUUCCGCGCCGCGAACCCCAUCAUAUCAUCAAGGCGCUUCGCGCCCGCGGGCUUGUUUAAUUCGGCGACGAACGCGCUCUGGCAGACCAUCUUAUCCAACUGCCGCGUCUCCGAACAUGGCAGGAACGACCUCUUCCACCCGCCCUGGGGCAAGCACAACCCCGCGUCGUGGCGCGGCCGCCACCUGGCCAACAUGUUCACAAAUUCAUCAGCACUCGGCUGGCGGCCGCGCAUGGCGAGCGUGCUGCCCGUCGUGACGGUCAAGGACCCGUUGACCUGGAUGCCGUCGAUCUGCCGCCACCCCUACGCCGUGCGCCUCUCGUCGAAGCAGCGAACGAAGUGCCCUUUACCGCUGGACGCGCCCGUCUCCGUGGCAUUCCAGCGGGCCCAGGUGGUGUACUACGAUAACCUGGUGGACCUGUGGAGCCGGUGGCACGGCGAAUAUUAUCAAGCGGCGUGGCCGCGGUUACUCGUACGGUUCGAGGAUUUGUUGUUUGAACCCCGUGCUGUAGCUGGCGCGGUCUGCGAUUGUUUGGGUGACGCCCUGUGUGGAAAUCAACCAGUGCGUCGGUCGAGCGGUAAGGAACCAGCAUCACCACGCCAUCGAGCAGGCGUCGCGUCGAUGGCGGAACGCGCCGUAAAUUUUGAUUUCCACACAGGUGGUGCUCUCGCGUCCGAGGCCGAGUUUAAGAUCGACGGCCGGAAGACGGGCAAGGGCACGGCCUUCGGCCACGCGGCGGAUACGAAUAGCCGCGCCCAGGCGCUCGCGCUCUACGGGUCUUCGGUGAAACGAAUGGAGCCCUACUCAACAACCGACGUGGCCUUCGUGCGCGCGCGGCUCGCCUCGGAUGACGUCUGGCGCGGGCUCGGCUACGAUGCCGUGCGAUAGCCCGUCUGGACCUCGCGGCGAUGGCGUGACGGGGACAAUAUGUUACUAUAAACAGUGUUGUG